AUGGCGCCUGUUGCAUUGUCCGAUCUUGCGGCAGAGCCCGUGCCUUCUAUCACAGACGCCAGCGUUCUUCCCCCAGACCAAGCUGAUGAAAGGAUUAAGAAACUAUGGAAUUUGCAUGGUCACCCGCACAGCAAGAGGUUCGCCAACCCGGAGCUCACGAGCCUAGCCGCAUUGGUUAAGCACAACGCAACCACCCAGCCAUCGCAAGCAGCAUUCUUGCAUCCGGCCGGGGAGUCGUUUGACACGAUUGACUGGGCCACGUUCCAUGAACUCGUCACCACUGCAGCUGCGCACUAUUCAGUCAAGUUGCGGGCCGAGAUCGACGCGGCGAACGAGCGCUCACAGCAGCCCACGAUUGCUCUUCUAGGCACCGGCAACACCAUCAACUAUCUAGUUACGCAGAUCGCACUUGUCAAACUCCACAUCCGCAUCCUGCUACUGAGCAACAAGAAUGCCCCUACUGCGCGAGAUCAUUUGCUGAAAGUCUGUGAUGCCGUCGGAAUAAUCGCUGACGAAAGCAACGCGGCCAUUCUCUCUGCUGAGGGCGUCCCUUUGCCAUGCGUCUCACUGCUUACAUUGAAAGAGCUGGAAAGCCUGGAACGUCCAGCAGAAGAAGACGUCGAGGGUUUCUUCGCCGAAGAAGAAUGGGAACUUCAGGCCAUGAUCAUCCACUCAUCUGGAUCAACAGGCCUGCCCAAGCCCAUCAUACACACGAAUAGGAGCCUAUGCCUCAUUGCGAGGAUGUACCGGCUAUUUCCAGACUUUGUCGUGGAAAACUGGUACCUCUGCUUCCCGCUAUUCCACAUCGCCGGCGUCUCCAUCGCCCUCAGCGGCCUCCCCAACGGCCUCCCCACCACUCUCCCGCCCGCCAACUGGCCGCCGGCCCCCAGCGCCAUCCUCUCCGCCUUCCAGGCCCUCGCCGCGCUGGGCCGUCCGGCCGACUGCCUGCACUGCGCGCCCAGCGUCAUCGACGACCUCUACGCCUACAUCUCGGCGACGACCAACGACUUCACGCCGCUCACAGCGCUCAAGGUCCUCCAGCCCGGCGGCGCGCCGCUCUCGCCGACGCUGCUGGCCAAGCUGACGGCGCUGGGCGCCAACGUCAAGACGACGUACGGCUCGACCGAGAUCGGGCCCCCCUUCCGCACCAUCCCGCACACGCGCGACAACCCGCACUGCUACCGCGUGCGCAACCUGUACCCGGAAUCGCCGUUCGUGCGGAUGGAGCCCCUGGGUGGUGGUGAUGCCGGCAGCAGCGAUGGCGGCGAUGGCGACCGUCUCUUCGAGUGCGUCGUGCACAAGGGCUUCGAGCUGGCCGCCGAGCUCUGGCUCAGCCCCGACGCGCCCGACCCCUACCGCACCGGCGACCUGUUCGUCGAGGUCGGCCCGCCGGGGAGCGGCUCCUUCGAGCUGCUCGGCCGCGCCGACGACGUGCUCGUGCACGACAACGGCGAGAAGACGCACGCGGCCGCGCUGCAGACGGCGCUGGAGGAGCGCGGCGCCGGAGUCAUUGCGAAGGCGGCCGUCUUCGGGAGCGGCAAGCCUUGUACUGCGGCAGUGGUGGAGGUGGCCGCUCCGGUUCAGCAGUUAGAUGCUGCUGCCGUCGAGGAGAGGGUGUGGGAGGCGGUGCGGAGGUGCAACGACGAGACCGCGCGCCACUCGCAGAUCGACCGCGCUUUGCUGCUGAUCCUGGACCCGGGCGAGAGCUUGCCCGUCACGCCCAAGGGGAACGUGCGGCGGAAGGAGGCGUGGAGGCUCUUUGGAGAGCGAGUGGAGGCCAUGUACGAACGGCAUCUGCAAGGAUGCAGCAGCGUGCAGGAUGAUGGCGGGCUUGUAGACGGUGCGGACGGCGCGUUGUCCGAUAUCGACUUCAUCAGGAGUUGCGUGGCUGAAGUGUGCCGGAAGGAGGUUGCGGACGUCGAGCCGGAAACGAGCUUCUACCAUCUGGGGCUCGAUUCUCAGUGUGCCGUAAGGCUCCGGUCGAGGCUCGUUAAGAGAUUCGGCGCCUUCCCGCUCAUGUUCAUCUUUGAGUAUUCGUCGUUGAAGAAGCUCCACGGCUAUCUGACAACGACGAAGUCAGACUCGGAGGCUGUUGAUGCGGAAAAGGAGAGGCUUUCAUGGAUCAUGACGAAGAUCGAGGAGUACAAGGGCGUCAUUGACUCCCUUGGACUUACCCAACCUCAGUCCCCGGUCCCGCAGAACACAGAAGGCGAAGUCAUUUACCUGACCGGCGCGAGCGGAGCUCUGGGCAAUGCUUUGCUGGAAGAAUUCGUUCGGAGACCAAGCGUCAAAAGGGUGUACUGCGCCAUUCGCGGCCAGGAUCCGCAGGCAAAACUCCAGGAAGCGCUGCGGAAAAGAGGCUACGCGAAAGAGAUCUACACGAGCAGUAAGAUCUGUGCAGUUCCAUACGACAUGAAGGAUGAGAAACUUGGUUUGGCUUCCAACGAAUAUGACCGACUUCUGAAGGAAGUUUCAACGGUGAUUCACAAUGCUUGGAAGAUGGACUUCAACCAACGCGUUGAGAUGUUCGAAGAAGACUGCUUGCGCGGAACCAUGAAUCUGUUGUCGUUCUGCCGCACUGGCACGCAAAAGACAUUCUCCUUUAUGAGCAGUGUUGCCGCCUGUAUGGGCCAGGCCGCCGCCGGCCAGCUGAUACCAGAAGCACCGGUCUCCAACGAUCCGCUAAUGGCACUCAGCACUGGCUAUGCACAGAGCAAAUUCAUAGUGGAGAAAAUAACCCAACACUACGCAACCGCCCUCUCAGCGCCGGUCAAGCUCUUCCGCGUCGGCCAGCUCUGCGGUCACUCUUCGCUCGGCGUGUGGAACAGCACUGAAAUGUGGCCCAUCAUGAUCUCCACCGGCCUCAAACACCUGCACGCUCUGCCCUCUCUGCCUUCGACAUCCGUCAACUGGCUCCCCGUCGACAUCUGUGCGUCCAGCAUCGCCUCCGCUCUAUCGGCCGCCAGCCACUCCACCUACACCGUCCACAACCUCGUCAACCCGUCCACCAUCUCAUGGUCAACCUUCCUGUCUGCCCUCGCCGCGGCAGCCCCCUCCACUUCUGCCUCCACCCAACCUUUCCAAACGGUUAGCAUGCACGAGUGGGUGGCGAUGCUCGAAAAGGCGGCCGACGAGGAAGGGCGGUCCGGAGAGGUCCCAGGACUGAAGCUCCUCGGUUUCUUCCAAGAGAUGGCUGGGGCGGGGUUGGAGGGUUCCGACGCUGAGACAGAGAGUAGAGGCAAAAAUGGCGAGGGUGUUGAGUUUGCGACCUCGAGCGUGCGCGAAGCGAGACCUGUAGAUGUGGAGAUGGUGAGGUUGUGGUUGAAGAGAUGGAUCGACGAAGGGUUCGUCUAG